GCUCGAUCAGUGACCACGUCAACAGCACGGAAUGCGCCUGCCGCUUAUUUUGUUUUAGAGUUACCAUAGAUUCCAGAACCAACAGCUGACAAAAAGGGAGCAACGAGAUAAUAUACCUCUCUUACUCAGCCCGAUGGCGACAUUAGUGUUUGUCAGUAUUUGUACAUUGAUAAAUGUCUUCAAAGCUCUUCCAGCCGACGAGCGUAGGCAACCGCACACAGAAAUCGUAAAGGAAUACUACACCCAGCGUUCGCAUGCACCAGGUACGCUCCUCAUCAGCGAGGGAAUCGUCAUUGCUCCAAAAGCUGGCGGGCUCCCCCACUUCCCUGGUAUAUGGAGUCAGGAAAUGAUCACUGCAUGGGAAAGGCCCGGACUUUUAAUUGCCAAUACUUACUCACCCUACCAGGUAACUGACUCCAUCCAUGCAAAGGGCUCCUUCAUCUUCUGCCAGCUCUUCGGCCAAGGUCGCAGCGCAGACCCCAAAGUCCUCGCAGCAGAGGACUCCUCCUUCCCCUACGUCUCCGCUUCUGCCAUCCCCCUCUCCACCAGGCCCAGCGACGUGCCGCGUCCAUUAUCCGUCGACGAGAUUCACGAAUAUACCCAGCUGUUUGUCCAGGCUUCUCUGAAUGCUAUCGAAGCAGGAUUCGAUGGCGUGGAGAUCCACGGCGCGAAUGGGUACCUCCUGGACCAGUUCACACAGGAUGUCUCCAACCAUCGGACGGAUGAGUAUGGAGGGAGCAUUGAGAAUAGGGCCAGGUUCCCAUUGGAAGUUGUUGAUGCGGUAGUCAAGGUCUGUAUUCUUGAAUCCAGUCUGACCAGAAAUAAUGGUCUAGAUAUGACAAUGACCGACCCAGUGCCGACAUUCACCUACUUCGCUAACGAGAUCAAGCGAAGGCAUCCACACUUUGCGUAUCUGCAUGCCGUAGAGCCUCGUGUCGCCGGGACAGCUUUCCGGGAUGAAGACGAGAUCAAACCGCAAGAGGAGAAUGACUUUCUUCGAAAGAUAUGGGCUCCGAAACCAUUCAUCUCUGCUGGGCAUACCCGCGCAUCGGGUAUCGAAGCAGCAGAUGAGAAAGGUGAUUUGGUUGCCUUUGGAAGACAGUUCAUCUCCAAUGUAAGCUGCUGCCUCCACGUUUGUUUCCUGCUCUCAAUCCGUAUGAUAGGGGAACCUUCUAUAUUCCAUGUGAAUAUUCCAAUGCACAGACUUUAAUGUUUUAUUUAACAUUUAUAAUUCGUUAUGGAGU